UCUUUCUAUCCGCGAUCUGCGUUCUGGGGACCGUACGAGAGAGCGCAGAAAAGGUUAUUCCUCUGCGCGCUGGAUGUGUGUAUAUAUGCGCCUAUAACGCUGCGCCUGGUGAUACGGACUAGAACGUCCAGCCGCCAUUGAGAUGUGAUUCUCUGGGGUUUCAUUUCUCUUUGACAAAGCGAAGUACACUACAACAGGCCUGUAUGGUGUCAGGAAAACUGAGCUGUGACAAAAACAGCUCACCACAAGACCGUCUGGGCUCAGCAGGAAGUACCUCCAUAUCUACUUCCAGGUCAACCUCAGACGUCAUGUGGACCAGAUGCCUGCUCUUCGUCUCGACCUUGUUUGCCCCCAUUGCCAUCGCCUAUGGCCGCGCCCCUAUCCCCAUGGCGGUGGUGCGCCGGGAGCUGUCCUGUGAGUCCUACCCCAUCGAGCUGCGCUGCCCGGGCACGGACGUCAUCAUGAUCGAGAGUGCCAACUACGGCCGAACCGACGACAAGAUCUGCGACUCGGACCCCGCCCAGAUGGAGAACACGCGGUGCUACCUGCCCGAUGCGUACAAGAUCAUGUCACUCAGAUGCAACAACCGUACGCAGUGUGCGGUGGUGGCUGGGCCUGACGUCUUCCCUGACCCCUGCCCGGGCACAUACAAAUACUUGGAAGUCCAAUAUGAGUGCGUCCCAUACAAAGUGGAACAAAAAGUUUUUCUCUGCCCUGGCAUUCUGCGGGGAGUGUACCAAAGCGAGCAUCUCUUUGAGUCCGAUCACCAGUCGGGUGCGUGGUGCAAAGACCCUCUGCAGGCCUCGGACAAGAUCUACUACAUGCCCUGGACGCCGUACCGCACAGACACGCUGACAGAGUACUCGUCAAAGGAGGACUUCAUCGCAGGCCGUCCCACCACCACCUAUAAACUCCCGCACCGUGUGGAUGGGACAGGUUUUGUUGUAUAUGACGGCGCGCUGUUCUUCAACAAGGAGCGCACCCGCAACAUUGUAAAGUUUGACCUGCGCACUCGCAUCAAGAGUGGCGAGGCCAUCAUUGCCAACGCCAACUACCACGACACCUCCCCAUACCGCUGGGGGGGCAAGUCGGACAUUGACCUAGCAGUGGACGAGAACGGGCUGUGGGUGAUCUAUGCAACGGAGCAGAACAACGGGCGCAUCGUGGUGAGCCAGCUCAACCCCUACACCCUGCGCAUUGAAGGCUCGUGGGACACCAGCUACGACAAACGCUCCGCCUCCAAUGCCUUCAUGAUCUGCGGGGUGCUGUACGUGGUCAAAACCGUCUACGAAGAUGACGACAAUGAAGGGACGGGGAACAAAAUCGACUACAUGUACAACACUGAUAAGAGCAAGGAGAUGACGGUUAACAUACCCUUCCCCAACUCCUACCAGUACAUCGCCGCAGUGGAUUACAACCCCAGAGACAACCUGCUGUACGUGUGGAAUAACUACCACGUGGUCAAGUACUCGCUGGACUUUGGCAACAAUGAUUAUCGCCCCCCUCCCAUUAUGCCCCCCAACCGAGGAGGUGGGGGAGGAGGAGGGGGAGGUCCAGUUGGUGGCGGAGGUUCCUCCUCUUCAUCUACCAGCCGCACCACCACCACCCGUUCUCCGCCCUACUACACCACCCCGCGGCCUCUCCUCACCACCUCCCCCGGCCAGCGCUACCGAACCACCACCACGGUUCGCCAGCCCGUCCUGGUCCCUGCCGGUGGCUCGUCAUCGGACACCAACCAGAUUCCCGACACCAACCAGAAAGCUGGAGGACGCUCCCCUCCAGUGCAGGUCCCUCCAGCACCCCCGCAGCCUCCUGCCCUGCCUCCUCAAGACUUUUGCAGUCCAAGGGUGACCGCCGACAUAUCGUGGCCCCGGACGCAGCAAGGCCAGACAGCCAAACAACCCUGCCCUGUAGGGACACUGGGCGUGGCCACAUACGUGUGCAUGGCCCAUUUGGGCUACUGGGAUCCCCAAGGCCCCGACCUCAGCAACUGCACGUCACCCUGGGUCAACCACAUCAUGCAGAAACUCCGUUCGGGCGAGACGGCGGCAAUCGUGGCCAGGGAACUGGCAGAGCAGACCAAAGGGCUUCUGCGUCCUGGCGAUGUGCCAUCCACAGUGCGGGCCAUGGCCCAACUGGUCGAACUGCUGGACGUCCAGCUCAGGAACCUCACCCCCGGGGGCAAGGACAGCGCUGCCCGCAGCCUCACCAAGCUUCAGAAGAGAGAAAGGUCCUGCAGGUUUUUCACACAGGCUAUGGUGGAGACUGUGAAUAAUUUGCUGCAGCCACGAGCCCAGGCGGCGUGGAAGGAGCUGUCCACCAGCGAGCAGCUGCACUCGGCCACUCUGCUCCUGGACACCGUGGAGACCGGGGCUUUUAUGUUGGCUGACAACCUCCUCAAGACUGACACUGUGCAGGAGACUACUGACAACAUCCAGCUGGAAGUGGCCAGGCUGAGCACGGAUGGGAACCUGGCAGACUUGACAUUCCCUCAGUCAGAACUACAUGGAAACUCCAUCCAGCUGUCAGCCAGCACUCUCAAACAGCACGGCAGAAACGGUGAGAUUAGGAUGGCCUUUGUCCUGUACAGGAACUUGGGUUCCUACCUGUCUACAGAGAAUGCGAGCGUGAGACUGAGCAGCGAGGCGGUCUACCCUAAUUACUCUGUUAUCGUCAACUCCCCGGUCAUCACAGCAUCCAUUAACAAGGAGAGCAAUAAGGUUUACUUGUCUGAGCCCGUGGUCUUCACCGUCAAACACCUGCAGCAUUCGGAAGAGAACUUCAAUCCCAACUGUUCAUUCUGGAGCUACUCCAAGCGCACCAUGACGGGAUACUGGUCUACACAGGACUGUCGUCUGCUGGCCACCAAUCGCACACACACCAGCUGCUCCUGCACGCACCUCACCAGCUUUGCAGUGCUCAUGGCCCACGUGGAGGUCAAGAAAGCAGACAGCAUGCACGACCUGCUCCUGGACGUCAUCACAUGGGUGGGGAUCCUGUUGUCGCUGGUCUGCCUUCUCAUCUGCAUCUUCACCUUCUGCUUCUUCCGUGGGCUGCAGAGUGACCGCAACACCAUCCACAAGAACCUCUGUAUCAGCCUCUUCAUCGCUGAGUCACUGUUCCUGGUUGGGAUCAACAGGGCCGAUCAGCCGAUUGCCUGUGCAGUCUUCGCAGCCUUGCUCCAUUUCUUCUUCUUGGCAGCCUUCACCUGGAUGUUCCUGGAAGGGGUGCAGCUCUACAUCAUGCUGGUAGAGGUGUUCGAGAGCGAGCACUCCAGGACUAAGUACUUCUACCUGGCAGGAUAUGGAGUGCCUGCUGUCAUUGUGGCCGUCUCCGCCGCAGUGGACUACAGGAGCUACGGCACCGACCGAGUGUGCUGGCUGAGAUUGGACACGUACUUCAUCUGGAGCUUUAUAGGCCCUGCUACUCUUAUCAUUAUGCUGAAUGUAAUCUUCCUCGGUAUCGCUCUUUAUAAGAUGUUCCAUCACACGGCCAUUCUCAAACCAGACUCCGGGUGCCUGGACAACAUCAAGUCUUGGGUGAUCGGGGCCAUAGCCCUGCUGUGUCUGCUGGGCCUAACCUGGGCUUUCGGCCUCAUGUACAUCAACGAGAGCACCGUCAUCAUGGCCUACCUUUUCACCAUCUUCAACUCCUUGCAGGGCAUGUUCAUCUUCAUCUUUCACUGCAUACUGCAGAAGAAGGUGCGUAAAGAGUACGGCAAAUGCCUGCGUACUCACUGCUGCAGCGGCAAGAGCGUGGAGACGUCCAUCUCCUCCUCCAGCAAGACCACCACGUCACGGACCCCCGGCCGCUACUCCACAGGCUCACAGAGUCGAAUCAGGCGGAUGUGGAAUGACACUGUGAGGAAACAGGAGUCUUCCUUCAUCACUGGAGACAUCAACAGCUCCGCCACACUCAACAGAGGAGCCAUGGCUAAUCAUCUUAUAACUAAUGCUCUCCUUCGUCCCCAUGGUACUAACAAUCCUUAUAACACUCUCCUGGGGGACUCGGCAGUCUAUAACAACCCAGCCGUGGGCAUGUACAACACCCAAGCACCUUACCGAGACACAAAGGGCAUCCUGAACAACGCAAGAGACUCCAGUGUUAUGGAUACGCUGCCUCUUAAUGGUAACCAUGCCAACAACUACAGCAUGGCCAGCAGUGAGUACUUGAGCGACUGCGUCCAGAUUCUGGACCGUAGUGGCGGCUACGGCACCCACAGCAACCACAAGGAGACGACCCUGGAGAAGAAGAUCCUCAAGGAGCUGACGUCCAAUUACAUCCCAUCCUACCUCAACAACCAUGAGAGAGCCACUACAGAGCGCAAUCACAACCUGAUGAACAAGCUUGUCAACAGCAGCAUGGCCAACGGAGAGGACAAUGGUCCCAUGGUGCUAGACAACCCUGCAGCCUUCCCCCACGAGGAGAACCUGGGCUUGGAGAUUAUCAGAGAGGAGUCCAACGCGCCGCUCCUGCCGCCACGGCCUCCUCCACCAGACAGCCACCCCCCACCCCCGCCACCCCCCCACAGCUUCUCCCGGCCACGGCGCAUUCCACAGGAGACCAGCGAGAGCUUCUUCCCCCUGCUGACCAACGAGCACACUGACGAGCACACGCAUAUGCCCAACCACAGAGACUCGCUGUACACCAGCAUGCCAGUGCUGACGGACCUCCCGGACGGGCAGAUGAAUGGUUUAACAGAUGGAGAGGAAGACAGCUCUGGGGAGCUGCAGCCCUGUAAGAGUGCCACUGCUCCCGAGCUGGAUGACGUCUAUUAUAAGAGCAUGCCAAACUUGGGCUCCAGGAAUCACCUUCACGAGCUACAAAGCUACUACCACAUGGGCCGUGGUGGCAGUGAUGGAUACAUGGUGUCCGGCAGCAAGGAGGAGUCCGAUUCGUCGCCUGAGGAGCCGCCCAUAGACCCUUCCCACCUGGUGACCAGUCUAUAGAGCCAAUCAAGAGACUUCUAUCCCUCCCCAGCCCGCUCUCAAACUUCCAACCCUCCGAUGAAAACAUUCUGUGUCGUUGACUGACAGACUGAGCUGGCCCGCCAUCUUUGACUUGACGUGCUGUGCGUGACAUUCACUAUGGCUCAUGACAAUAUGCUUGAGGUAUCGCUGUUCAAAUGGAAGCAGGGACUGAAUGUAUUGUCACAAAUGGCGCAGACUGAAAGGGCGGUUCUGAGAGACCUCUGUGAACAUCAAACAGAAAUGGAACUUGUAAGCUGGAAAGGAGAGGAAGGGAGAGGGAUUCUGUAAUUUUACCCCACCUGUUACUUUAAUUUGGAAUCUUGGAUUGAACGAAGCCCUACAAGUUCCCCAAUGUGGACCUCUAGCAGAUCAUAGCAUAUAGCCUCCACUACCACCACUAAAGGGGCGUGGCCCCCAGCCCUGGUUAAAGGAGCUGCCUCUCUGUUUGUCUGUAUGUCUGUCUCUCUGUCUCACUCUUAAAGACACGAACUGGGAUAAUGAUUCCACCUCUCCAAAGGGUAGAGCAGGAUAUUAAACUCACAACAUAAACUGGCCUUAAAAAGGCCCCGCCCCACUACCUGCCAAUCAAGUGGAGGAUGUAUGAUAUAUGCCCUCACUACCGAUCAUCCCAAAAACUAUUUUAUUGGGCAACCGAACUGUACCCAUAUCACGCUGAUGUUCUCAAUUCUCUUCCUGUUCGUAUCUGCUAAACUGGAGUUUCGUCUGGGCUGGUGUAACAUUCCUGCAAGUUGUAGUGACUGCGGCUACUGUGUAUUUCACUGAAAACAAAGAAGGAAGAUCAUAUUACAACAGACUGACUUAAAAAAAAAAAAGAAAAAAAUGGGUUCCGUUUCUUCUUCUUUCUUCUGUAAAAGUUUUCAGUUAUCAAAGGAUUAUAAAGAAAUCACAAACUGUUUCUAUGUAUUGUACAGAAUACAGAUACAGAUACAAAAUGUUGCAUAUGACCAAGUCUUUUAUUUUUUAAUUUUAAGUUGCAAACCUUUUGUCUGUGGAACUGUUCUGAAAUGUCAUGAUAUGUUCUGGUCAUGUGUAGACUACAGAACGAGCAAGGAACAAUCUUUCAUGUCACUCUUUGGUAAAUACAGAGACCGUUAAGCACUCCUUAAUUAAUACGCAUAUACCCUACGCACACUUCAUCCUGGUCCUUUUUAUAGCAACACCACUGUCACUUACAUUUUGCAAACCAAUUGUUACUAUAUACUUUACCACUGUGUAGAUUUUAAAACAGAAGGGAAAAUAAAGUGGCACAGUUAUGAAAGAGACGGUUACUGUGGAAAUGCUGCCUUUUAGUCUUUGCUGGAAGCGGGUCUCAUCUCAUUUGUUCUCGAAUAAAGCAUUUCCCUCCUUUCAGCUCAAGGAGCUGAGGACAAAAUGACAAAGAUACCAGCUAUCUGGAGUCACACAAGAACGGUUUGUGAAGCAUAUCCUCUCUAUUGCCAAAUAUUCUACUAAUUGACGUUACCUUGCUGUGCUGGUUGAGAUCUUAUUGUACAGAAAAAGAAUGCUGAGAGUAAUAAAUGUCAUUCUCUAAAAAAAAAAGAGAAAACUUUCACGAUUUGAAAAAGGGUGGGUGUCAAGUGUGAAAUGCCAUGAUUACACCGUAUAUGUGUACUGAAGAUGUGAAAACACAGCAGCACUGUCCAAUGUGGAAAACUAAUGUUUACUUAUUUAGGGGGAAAUUUUCAUAAGUGUAUGAAGUGUAGCUUGCACAUGUAUCCCACAAGCCCCCUCCAUGUCCCCAAGAGAGAAAUUAUUUAUUUAUCUGUUUAUUGGUUUAAAGACAGCAAAACAAGCUUAGAGGAAAGAAAGCUGGCUUUAGGCAGAAGUUAAUAAAGUGGCACUGGGUUUGUUUUAUGGUUCUUUUUUAAAUUAUUAUGAUCACGAUUAUUAUUACAAUAUUAUUGCUAAUUAUUUAUUCUUUUUGUAUGGGUUCCAAGUUGAAUGAUCUCAUAACUAAUAUUUGUUGUAACAGUGAAAGUUGUUUGCCAACAAAUA